AUGGAAGGUGCAGAGAAGGCCAAGCGAAAGCGAAAACGCACAGGAUGCUUGUCGUGUAGAGCUAGACGUGUGAGAUGCGAUGAGCGCAAGCCGACCUGUGAGCGUUGCGACAAUGCGAACAUCGACUGCGCCGGCUACGAGAGCAGACGCCAGGUUGCCCCUCGACCACAGGCUCGGAACACUGCACGAAAAGGCAGUCAGAGCAGGUGUGGAUACUCAUCUAGCAAGCCUUCAGGUUCCGAGUCGAAGUCACCGACUGUACAAGGCACUACUACUCGCGCAAUUGGAGAAUCAAUCCAGCGAGCAUUCGAGACCAGCGAUCAGGACCUCAAUGCUCGCAGCCCACCAUGCAUGCCGGGCGGACCCAAGCGACAGACACUCAUACCGGUGCCGAUCAGUGUUCGAGACGACGGCGCCCCUCUCACUGCACUGCUCAGUAACCCGCACUCCUCUCAGCGGCCUUGUGCGGAUGCCCGUUGGGUGCUGGCCUAUCACCAGUUUCUCUUUCGGACAAUCCCUGUGCUCUUUCCUCCUGAGCACGUGGGGUUUUGGCGAGAUGAGCUUUGCCACGAGGCUUGGGGUUGUGAAUACGUUUUCCUCGGCUUGACCGCGCUAGGCAACAUGCAUCGCGCUGCUUUACUUCUGCCCAUGCCAGGGGAGAACGAUCGGAGCCGUGGUCUCGAUACUAAAGUCAUCGCUUUCCAAACAUACACUCGGGCUUUGGAGUCUCUGUCCAGCCAUAUAGAAGAAGCCAAAGCUCGACCUAGUAUUCUGGUAGCUGUUCUAGAGCUACUCGCUUAUUUCGAAUGCUUUGCGGGCAACGUCCCUGCAGCUUUGGGACACAUUCAGAUUGCCGCCCACUAUCAUUCUCAGAUUGGCGUACAAUGUGCCACGACUACCAAGUCAGGGGAUCGAUACUGGCCAGCUACACAAACAAGCCUGGAUGCCAUCGGUUCGUGCUUGCAAGAACUUUGUCAAAUCCGGCGCAUGGUCUUACCGUUGUUUCGCCCGAUUGAGCCUCUACAAAAGGUUACUCCUUCGGCCCACGCGGACAGUGCGACGAACAUCGUUGACGCCAUUAGCCAUGACUCAGGUAUGCCGCUAUCAGUGAUGCUUCAGCGUAGUCUCGACAGUGUGGUGAAGGACCUAGAUAUGGAAGCACUCAUUUGGGACCCAUGGGCAGCGCAUGAACGCCCUGCUGCACCCGCAAACGAUAUCCUGAGGCUCAAGCAGCGACUUCAAGGCUGGCGAACAAAGUACAUCAAGCAUCUUCCGCAGCAAUUGGUAGAAUCAGAUCUCAAUACUCUCCCCGACUUUCGAGAUGAGCUUGAGUCUGACGCCUUACCCAUGCCGCCUCCUCCAUACACCGGCUCGUCUACCUCGUCCGCAUGCCUCGUCGUUGCAGCACUCUACAACUUCUACAUGGGGAGGGCCAUGUGGUCUCUCGCUUUACUGGAGACAGACGAAUCUGAGUCGUAUGAGACGUCGGCGUAUUUCUACUUCUACGAAUGUUUGCGGUUCGUAGCGACUCAGCUUCACGGCAUCGCCUUAAACGAUGGCGAGACGACAAGCGGCAACCCACAGGCAUCCGAUCGAUACAUUCCCAGCGAAGGUCUUAAACCUGGCUUACUGGCUAUGAUGCAUAUCAUUGCUCAAUGCUCUCCCCGGUCGUCCUGGUUUCAAGCUAUUGUCGACAUGAUCCGUCGGGUCGGGUACGAGGGCCUUGUUUGUGGAGAGCCUCUAGCUAUCAGCUUGAUCUUUCUUCAAGCCUUUGAGACAUGCAGCGGAGUCCAACUCUCUGUCCAGGAUUAUCCGCCGCCUGCUGAGCGUGUCAUAAUGGUCCUGAUUCCGGAGACGAACGGGCGUAACUAUCUUUGCUACUACGCACGACCGAUGUCCUCUGGCGAUGCAAAACGAAGUCGAGGCCAGGCUCGUGUGUACGAGCCCAUUGGCCAUGGACGCUGGUCGAACUCGUCUAGCAGCGACGACAAGACCAAGCCUGAAGUGAAGGUGUACAGCGCUGAUCAUGCCGAUGAGCGUUUCACGAAAGACUGGCUGCUACGCAAGCAAGUCGCUCGUGAAUGGCUGGAUUGGUCAAUGGACUCUGAAUUCGAUUUAUGUCGAGCUCUACGAAAUCACAUCGAUGGCAGUCGUCCCUUGUCAUCAACACACGGCCAAGGUGCGGAAUGA